AUGGACGACCUUGCUGGAUUUUUACGAAGAGUUAAGUUCGAUGGGGUAGGAAUAGGAAAUGAUUACGUCCGAGAGGGGCGCGCAGCCGCGACACUGCGCCCUCAGCCUCCAGCCAUGGCGGACGCUCCGCCCGAGGUCCUCGAGCUAAACGUCGGCGGCGUGCACUACGCCACAACUCGCGAGACGCUGUUGCUCGAACCGGAUUCACUACCAGCGGCCGCGCUCAACGACCCCGACCAUCCUAGAGACGCGCGGGGAAGAAUCUUCUUCGACCGCGACGGCGUGCUGUUCCGAUAUGUAUUAGAUUAUCUCCGCGACGGCGGGCUCGUGCUACCGGAGUGCUUCCGCGAGCACAAGCGACUGGCGCGGGAAGCGAAGCAUUAUAGACUGCUGGGGCUCGAGAACGCAGUGAGAGAAGCCGAUCCUCGUCCACCGAACCGCGAGCGCGGCUGCAUCACUGUAGGUUACCGCGGGAGUUUUGCUUUCGGACGCGACGGCCUCGCUGAUGUGAAGUUCCGUAAGCUAUCGAGGAUCCUGGUCUGCGGGAAGGUGACUCUAUGCCGCGAUGUUUUUGGCGAGACGUUGAACGAGUCUCGGGACCCGGAUCACGGGCUGGCUGAUAGAUACACGUCCCGCUUCUUCUUGAAACACUCCUUCAUUGAACAAGCGUUCGAUAUGCUUCAAGAGCAGGGCUUCAAGCUAACAGCCAGCUGUGGCAGCGGCACGGCCGGAGGCGCGGCCGAGCUGAAACCAGGUGUAGAUUCCGAGGAAAACCGCUGGAACCACUACAACGAAUUCGUAUUCGUGCGCGAAUAA